GAAGCUUCGGUGCAAACGUUCAAAUGCAAGUAAACUUCAAGUUGUCCUCUCGUGUCUCUCCGUGUCUAUGCAUCUUUUGCUGCCUCGAGUUCUGUUCUAGCAUUGUUCAUCAUAAUCCGUCACUGAAUAUCCCCUUAUUGUUCGGUGAUACUGACGUUAUGCGGCGGUGUCUUUAGUCUCUAUCUCCACGGGCCGCUUUGAUUGUUUUUGUCAAGGUUUGACAUGGCAUUCAAUUCGCAAAGCCUGUUAAGGAUCAAUCGACUCCUUGGGCCUUAUAGACAAAUUCAUCAGAAGUGGUUGCGUAACAACCAUAAGUCUCCCAUCGCCUCGAGGUGACUAAUGAUUCUUCGAACAGAACAUAUGACCGUCCAGAGGCUGAAUCUUCCUGAGGUGUGGCGUAGGGGUAUAAAUCCGUUCGGUGCUCUUUUAUCGUCCUCCUCCCUGGAGUCCUCCUUGUACCACACUUCUUUAUCAUUCUCCUUUACUGCGACGCCACCUCUCGUUCAUUUCAUUCUACACAUUAAAGUGUGAUGAUGGCAGAGUUAAACGUGCUUUUGACUGCAGCCCAAUUCUUCUACUCUCAAGUGCAGAAGGCAAAGUUGAACACAGAAGAGUGUCGGCUGUUGGCUUCUCAUUUGCUCGACAUACAUAAGCUUAUCAGCUCGCAAUGCAAGAACAAUCUGUCUCCGGAGUUGUCACAUCAUCUGACCGGCCUGGCAGGGUAUAUAUCCGAGCUCACCAACACCCUCGAAAGCUUAAGGGGCAAGUCGUGGCUUAAGCGGUUUUUCUGGGCCGAUGAUGUCUCUCAGCGCGUCAGGUUAGCUUAUCGGCGUAUAGACAAUACAUUGAAACUCUUGGAGCUUACCUCCAGAUUGAGGACGCCACAAUUGCUGCAUCAGAAUGAAAAGGCACGCGUGGCUGACAAUCUGCAAAUCCGUGCUACUCUGGAAAAGCGUUUGGAAGAUAGCGACGCUGUUCUGAAGCUUUUGGGAGUACGAACGAAUGAGAUUCCAGAAGCCAAGAUAAUUCUUCAAAAGCUUAUACAACGAUUACCCAAGUCUCCCGAGAAGCGUUUCUUCGAGCAGGGUUUAUACGCCUUACAGAGUUGCUCAGGACAUUUCGACUUGGAAGAUGUUGACGAAUUCUCAAUCACGUCUCUUGAAGUACUCCGUUCAUCCAAGCAUCUCGGGACUGGAGGAUUCGGUGUAGUAUCCUUAGGCAGGUUAUACGGAAUGAAGCUCGUUGCCAUCAAGGAGCUCGAUGGCGUACCUGAACAAAUCGUACGGCAGGAAAUCAAGACAUGGAAGAGGCUGAAGCAUCCUCACAUUGUAGAGUUCUUCGGUGCUGCGCCUUUCGCUUCUCCACCAUUCAUUGUUUGUGACUACAUGGCAAAUGGUGACGCAAUGGGAUACAUCAAACGGAAUCCCGGGAUUGAUCGGACAAAGUUGCUACACGAUGCAUCUGUUGGGCUGGUGUACAUUCACAAUCAGUAUGUAAUCCAUGGGGAUCUAAAGGCGUCCAACAUCCUAAUAGAUGAUGAAGGGCGUGCUCGAAUCUCUGAUUUUGGCUUGUCGGUUGUUCGAUCUCACACGUCACAGUUCAGGCAGACAUCGAAACGUCCAGGACCCUUAUACGGAACGGCGCCAUGGAUGGCCCCUGAACUGCUAAGAGGAGAACGGCUUUCCAUCGCAUCUGACGUCUAUGGUUUUGCCAUGACGAUGUACGAAAUAUACUCGGAAACACCACCCUUUGCAAGUAUCGCUGGCGAUCCCAGAUUACUCAUGGCCUCCGUAGUGAAUGAACGAAAUCGCCCGUCGAGGCCCGAACCGUCUCCUGGGAAGACCCCUCUACAUGAUGAGGUCUGGCAUGUCAUGGUAAGAGCUUGGAGUCAUGAGCCACAGGCUCGUCCUAAGGUAUCGGACAUUGCUUCUAUUCUUGCAAGGCGGAAUGGAAACUCUUCUCAACAUGUACUCACUGGCAUUUCCCCGGAUCCCAACAAGCCACCUCCACCAAAAUCUCGAGUUAAUGAGCAGAGGCAUCACCGUCGAGCCGAGUCUAUUCAAGUACCGAUACCAGCAAUCAUCGGUGUACCGAUAGAGAACGUGAAUGGUCACUACACUGAGAAUGCACCCUCGUCUUCCAAUGCUUCCCAUUCCAGCAGGUUGAACGAAACGACUCAUCCCAACCCCAGCCGAAAUGGACCAUCUCGACCUGAUACGGGGAAUUACUUUCUCGGCGGCUGGCAGGAUCCUAGCAAGUCCACUCUUCAUCUGCCACAACAACCCUCUACGCCUGCACUGAUCAAUCAACCUUCUCAAUCACCUUUGCCUUCUAAUAGCAGCAGUACAACCAGGUUUCAGAAGCCGCCAAGGCUAACGCGCCCGCAUGAGAGACUGUAUGAUUACUUCCGUCGGUGGACCGACACCUGGGAUAUGUCUGUCCUUGGUUCUGCUUUCCAAUCCACUUUGCCAGACUCCAUGGUUAACGAAGUCGCGCUGACAGUGUGGACGAUGCAGAUGUAUAAGCGCAGAUUACGGCACCUUGUCAACGAGAGACUUGACGACGUGAUUGAAGUCUUUACUGUCCCUCCACAUUUUACCUCGAAGAUCAACAACAUCUUGUCUGGAACAGCUCGACAAACUGGAGAAAGGCAGGGGCUUUCGGCUGCUGCUAAGAUCUUGGGCGACCUCUGGGCUGUUAUCAGGCACAGCCAGAAGGCGGAACCAAAGACCAUUCUCAUUAUAGGACCGCAUUGGCAGCAGAAGGGACGAUGGCUUGUGCACAAGGUAUCGAUGGUUGAGGGCAAUAUCUGUUCUUACGAGACUGUAAAUAACGAGUCGCCUCCGACGGCCAACGAGCUACCGUCUGGUUGGUGGGCCAUUAUCCGCACUUUGUGGCCUCACGUUCGUCCUCGACCCAGUGAUUCAAAUCGAACGAUCUACAGGUCCAAUCAGCCAAUGCACGAGAGCUCACUCUCUGCAGCGGCUAUCUGGAGAAACCUGUUACAGGAAUGGCGACCUGAUCGUGAAGCCGACCUACAUGAGAUACGCUCUUCAACUCGAAGGGAGGUCGAGUGUUUGUUGGCAUCUCGAUUUCACCCGGAGUAUGCAAUCUCAACGUGACAAGACUGAGUCACUGUUAUGUCGUCUUCUUGGUCUUGGACUCUUGCGAUGCUCUUUAUCUUCUAUCUAUUCUGAAACAAACUGUCUGAAGGGCUGUUUUGACGUUCUGAUCUUGCGACUGCUGAGAUUUGUAACUGUUAUCCAUGCCUGGCUUUCGCGUUCCCAUUCCUGGGUAGUACUUUCCUCCGGCCAUAUCCGUUUUUCAGCUUCAGCUUUUCCUCAUGUAAACCUUUGUUCUCCCAGCAAAUUGCUAUACCUUGAACUCCAAACUAAAUAUAUGGAAUGUUAUCUGGUGUUACACUCUGUAGUAAACGACCAACGAUCCACUAACUGAGCUAUCUACUUCUCCCUGCACUUGCUCGCGCCAGGGGAUGAUUCCCGAACUGGCUCAAGUUGCCCAUCUCAAUUCCAUGCCUGCUCAUAUCCUUUGCAUACGCUAAUGCAUUCAGCUCGUACAACUUUGCAUCCUUCUCCGACAAGCCCUUCUGCCCAUCCUCGUACUGGCUCAAGAACUCCUCAAGGAACAAAGCAUGCAUAGCAGCUUGACUCGUACUAGCCGCUGUAUGAGGUCGGAAUCCUGCAACUGCGUCACCCAGAAGGACAACACGACCUUCAAGGAAUACGGCACGAGAGCUUAUACUGUCUGUGAUGGCUUGAAUGAAGGGAUAGUCGGUCUUCUCAACCGCUUCGCAAAACGAGGGUGGUAAGACGUCCCGAGCCUUCUGCAGUUGUUUCUCUAAAACUUCGGGGCGAAUCUUGGGUGCACGAAGGAUGUACUGAUGGAGGUUUCCCUCGGUGUCAGUCAUGGUUUCCUUCCAAUGUUCGCUGUCAUGAGGGAUAUUAUUGUACCAGACCCAGUUGAGUUUACGAUUACCGCGUUCGACGGAGCCGUUCUCGCCGGGAACGAGGUAUGAGAGGAUUUGCAAGGCUGG